AUGUUUUAUAUAGAGCCAUAUACUACAAUUUCAUGGCCAAGUAUCAAUAUAGGGUUCAUAUCUACUUUGAAUUCUUUUGAUCGUUUUCCACUAACUGCUAAAAAAUCAUCAACAAGUGAGAUUCGUAAAUUUGCUAUAUUUGCCGCAAGUAUUCAUUCUGAACAACGAUCAUAUAUAUAUUAUGCACCAAUAGUAGCAGCUGCAUGGCAACGAAUAGGUUAUAAAGUAAUUGUUAUUUUUGUUGGUGAUUUUACUAAUUAUCAUAAGAAUCAAACAUUUUCAAAACAACUUAAAUUAUGUCAAAGUUUAUUAAAACGAUUAAAAGUACAUGUAAUAGAUUUUCAAUGUAAUAUAUCAUAUUCUACAAAAAUAUCACAAUUAGUACGUAUUUUUGGUGGAUUUUUAUCCGAUAAAAUUAUAAAGGAUACAGAUUAUAUUAUAACAACAGAUAGUGAUAUUGUUCCAUUACAUGAAAAUAAUUAUAUACUGAAAAACGAUACAGAUGGAUUUAUAUAUAAUACAUUUUGUUGUGGUUCAUUUAAACGACGACAAAAAACUUAUCAAAUGUAUCCAAUGUGUCAUAUAUGUCUUUCAAAACAAGUUUGGCGUAAUUUAUUUCUUGAAUCAAUACAACGAAAUGAACUUUUAAAUUCGAAUUUAUCGUCUUCAAAUGCUAUUCUACUUUCUGAUAAAGCUCCAUUCUCAUUUGAUACAAUUAGUCUUUACCUACGACAAGAAUUCGGUCAAUUAUAUGAUUCUAAUAUGGCAAAAGGUGAUUCAGCAUGGUAUAUGGAUCAAGUUUUUUCUUCAAUGUUAUUAAAUAAUUAUUGUGAAAAACAUCGGAAUUUUACAAUUGAUAAAUUUCAUAGACCAUCUCGUCGUCUUGAUCCAGGCUUUCCACCACAGCUUUGGGAACGAGAACCACUAAAAUCAUAUGGUGAUGCACAUCUUAUACAUGAUCCAAUAUUUGAUCCAUAUCAUUAUGCAAUGUUUAAAAAUUUACUAAUUUUUCUGUUUAAUUCAUCAUUAGCAAACGAUUUUGAUUUUUAUUACAAACAAUUUGUUCUUACUUACUAUCCGCAUAAACCAAAAACUCAUUAA